UCCAUGGUCUGAGAUUUACUUGAUAACAUUCUAAUACAGACACCUGUUGAUACAUUAUAGGCAUUUUUUGAUGAUAAGCAAUCCAAUAGUGAAUAUACCAUGCAAACUGCAAUUUCAGUCAAGUUGUUGUCUGCUGGUGAACAGUGGAUACAGUUUUUCUUCUAAAAGGUGUCAACAUUAUUUUCUGACAGGUUGUGUUGUACUCCAAGUGUUUUUCUCCAAUUGAUAGACUACAUGUGCGUUUCUAAUACCUACAUUUAUAUUAAUAAAACUGAUUCUCAAAUUAGUUCUUGCAGCCUCCAUGUGCAAGUGUAAUUUUAAUUUAUGAAGGGUAACAGGCUGGUACUAAUUUGCGAUUAGAGACUUGUAAUGUCUUGUGUGGGGUGUAGGAUUUGCUCUGAUAGAUUAUGAUAGAUUAUGAGUUUAUAAUAAUUUAUUAUGAUAAAUUAUGUCAGAAAUAUACAGUGUGCAAGAAAGAAUAUCCAGUAUUCAGGGAUUUUUAAUGAGUCAAUCCAAAGGCAAAAGGCUGUUGUUUUCUGUUAUAUUUACUGAGACAAGAUUUCUUUAUAUUGAUGUUUCUAUUUUGAGUUUAUUGAUAGAUAUACAGGAAAUCAGUGAGGUCUGAAAGUGUGGGCACCUGCACACUGAAACAAAAUAAUUUGUAGAAAUUGAUUCUGAUUAUGCAUUAUGUUAAAAUCAGUGUAAUGGGGGACAUUUCUAAAUAUCCUUGAUGUGCCUGUUUUUGUAUCUCUCAUUUCCUAAAGCAUUCAAUGGAAUUAUUUGGUAGUAAAAAGAUAUUCACACAAAUCUAGGAUGGUAUGGUUUUUGUUAUAUAUGUUAACAUUUUUUACUACCCCUGAAGAAACACCAGAACAGAAAACACCUGCACACAAAGCUAUGGUGUCAGGCCCCAGUACAGCCACACCAUAUGACAGGGUCAUUAUUUCUUUUCAUAAAGUUUGAAUGUUGUGAGAUUUUACAAAAAAAAAAAAAAAAAUGCUGAGCUGAAAAUAAUGAUUGAAUGUCUUGAUCCCAUGUGAGUAAUGUUGCUGAAGCCUUCCAGUUUGGAAUGUAACUUUUCAAGUCACACCAGAAAGAGGCGUUAAAAAUACUAAUAAUCUUUUGUUAGUAAUAUGGUGCUUACCUUUGCUUUAGGAAACUUAGAGCUGCUUUAACUAAUUGUCAUUUUGUCAGUUCUUAGGCUAGUCCUUGACAAAAAUGACCCACCCCUUCAGUGUUUUAACUGGGCAUCACCCAAUCAGGGUCAGUGUUUUCAUGCAGUCCCCUGUUGGGAAGUCAAGUGUUCAUAACAGCUGAGGAGAAGGGUUGGCAGACUCUGCAGAGGAUGAGGAAUGGGUGCAAUGCAGCUGGUCCAGGGGCAGAGGGAGGAGCUGCUACAGGCCCUGUGCUGCGGAGGGUCUGCAGAGGGGCUAGAGAGCGUGAUCGACCUGCUACUGGCCUGGGACCUGCUGACAUGGGAAGACUACCAGGGCUUGUGCGCGCCAGUUCAGACUUUGAGCUCCAGAGCCAGGGGGCUGCUGGACCUGGUGUGCAUCAAGGGAGAGUCCGCCUGUGCUCUGCUGCUGGCGGCAUGUAGCCGGGUCUUCCCAGAGGCUCGGAAAGUGGUCCUGUCCUUUGGGGGCUGCAAGCCACCCCAAGAGGAGCAAGAGCCUCACCCUGCCACCGCAACCCAGGCCUUGAGGUGCCACAGAUCCCUCCUGGUGAGGCGCCUGCGAGGUGGCAUCACUGCUGCACUGAAAGCCCUGCUGGAGUCCGGCGUCUUCACGGCCUACGACUGUGAUGAAGUGCAGCUGCUGCUUUACACCCCAUCACAGCAGGCAAGGCGUCUGCUGGACCUGGUACAGUCAAAGGGAGAGUCUGCAGCAGCCAUUCUGUUACAGCACACCCAGACGUCUGAAGAAAACCCCACAACACCUGAAAAUGAGGAGCAUCCUGCAGAAUGCCUGCUGUACCAGAAGAAACUGAAAAGUUCACUGUCUGCUCAGUCACACUUUGUCAGCACUUAUGGCGGCACGGGGAACCUGUCUUUGGAUGACAUCUACACAGAGGGGCUGCUGGAAGUGGCUCAGGGUUCCGGUGAGGCCCAGCAGCCCCUUGGCCUGGAGGACAUUCUGGGGCAUGCGGGCACUCUGAACGAGGAGGCGGACACGGUGCUGGUGUCGGGCGAAGCUGGGAGUGGGAAGAGCACCUUGCUACAGAGGCUGCUCCAGCUUUGGUCCCGGGACACGGCCCUGCAAGACUACCUCUUCCUCUUUUCCUUCAGCUGCCGUCGGCUAAGCGCAGAGGAGCGAGAGGUCUCUCUCAGGGACCUGCUCUUCAUGCACUGCUGCUGGCCCGACCGGGGCCAGGACUUGAUUUUCCAGUACAUACUGGACCACCCGCACAAGGUGCUCUUCACCUUUGAUGGAGUGGACGAGUUCAGGCUUGGCUUCUCAGAUGAGCGGAGGCAUUGCUGCCCAACCCAGUGCGCCCCAGUGUCCGUGCUGCUCUUCAACCUGCUGCAGGGCUCCCUCAUGAAGGGCGUGCGAAAGGUGGCAACCAGCCGGCCGGUGGCAGUGACCCCCGUGCUGAAGAGGUACCUCCGAAAGGAGGUCUCCCUGCAGGGCUUUUCCACUGAAGGGAUAGACUUCUUUGUCAGGAAGCACCACAGCGAUCCCGCCGUGGCUAACCGUGUACUGGAGUCCCUGCAGAGCAAUAUGGCGCUGUUUGGGCUUUGUCACAUCCCCGUCUUCUGCUGGAUCGUCUCUCAGUGUAGCAGAGAGCUCCUGGGGGGUGGAACGAGUCCUCAAACCAUCACAGACAUUUACCUUAUGGUCCUGCAGCACUUCUUUCAAUGCCGCUCCUCAAGGCGGCUCAGCCCGGGUUUGGGGUGGGUGCAGGAAAGUGUGGGUGCGGUCAUUCGCUUGGGCCGGGUGGCUCUGGGCGGUCUGAGGUCCUCCUGCUUCAUGUUUUCUGAAGUGGAGCUUCAGAGAUGCGGAGUAACAGAAGAGGACAUCUGCACUGGGUUCCUAAUUCACACCAAGGACCACUCAUCCUCAGAGUGCAAACACUACGAGUUCCUUCAUGUCACCAUGCAGUGCUUCUUUGCCGCUCUUUUCAUUGUCUUGAACGACAAAAUUGGACGCUCUACCAUCCAAGACCUCUUUUACCCUCAGUAUUGGCAGGAUUCAGUUCUGGCCAAAGUAUGCUUAGGGCCUUGUCUGUCUGCUGGCUCCCAGAAGAGGGAUCCUGACAGAGGUGCCCAGGAAGCUGAAAGGCCAAACCUGGAGAUAACCGCUACCUUUGUGUCUGGGCUGCUGUCUCAGAGGCAUCGAGAACUUCUCCUGCAAGCUUGCCCUGCCCCCACCCUGGACAGAAAGUGUACGCAGGUGGUCAGGGCCCUAUCCAAGGGCAUGCAGAAGCACUUCAAAUCAAUCCCCCAGCCCAUUGAGGGUGAGAAAAAGAGCAUGCACGCUAUGCCGGAGUUCAUCUGGCUAAUUAAGUGCAUAUAUGAGAUGCAGGAAAUUUCCGUUGCUAAAGAUGCCCUGGCUAGGCUGGAGGUGGAACACCUGAAGCUGACCUACUGCAACAUUGGGCCGGUGGAGUGUACUGCCCUGGCAUAUGUGCUACAGCACCUGAGGACCUCAGUGGGACUUCAGCUGGACUACAACUUUGUGGGCGAUGUCGGCGUGGAGCAGCUGCUGCCCUGUCUGGAAAUCUGUCACUCAAUAUAUCUCAGGCACAAUAACAUAUCAGAUGAGGGAAUCCGCAAACUGAUUGACAAGGGUAUCCAGUGUGAGAAUCUCCAGAAGAUUGCGCUCUUUAAUAACAAGUUAACUGAUGCCUGCACAAAGCACUUCGCUGAACUUCUGAAAAGGAAGCAACAUUUUCUCUCAUUAAGGCUGGGAAACAAUUACAUCACUGCUGUGGGGGCAGAGCAGCUGGCAGAUGGCUUGAGAUCAAACAGAUCACUGCAGUUCUUGGGGCUGUGGGGGAACAAAGUAAGAGACCGGGGGGCAAAGGCACUGGCACAGGCUCUGCAGGAAAGCCCCAGUCUGGUGUGGCUCAGUCUGGUAGACAAUGGGAUUGGUAGUGAUGGAGCGUGUGCUCUGGCUGAACUCAUCAGGAGCAGUAAGACCCUUGAGGAUAUGUGGUUAACCAAGAACUGCAUUACUAGAGAAGGGGUAGAAUAUCUACUACAGGCACUGGAGAAAAACACCAGUGUGAAAUCAAUCUGGUUGAGAGGUAAUGAGCUGAGCCCAGAGGAAGUGGAGGAAGUCACCCAGAGAGAGAGCCGAGUAGUCUUCUGAUGACAUCACAUCCUCUCUGACUUAGUCAUAACUGCGGCUUCAUGAACUCACUAAUGGGAAGAGCUUGAACUGUCAGUUAUCAGCUUGUAUGAUAGCCUCACUCAUCUAGGAGUUCAUGCACAGUGCGACCUUCACACUUCCAAGAACAUAACCCACUAGUAAAAUGUAUCCUAUCCUUUGUGUAUUACUUAAAGAAAUAUUUUUAAAAGACUGUUUAUAUUUAUAAUGAUUUAUCUUGGAAAGGUUCUCAUUUUGUAUUUAACAGUAUGAUUAGGGAUAAAAGCUCCAUGUUUACAUUGUGCAAAUGAUUACAUAGAGGUAAGAGGUAAAACAUUUAUUUUGAACUGAUUAAAUUAAAAUGAAUCAGUUGCUUUGGAAAUGAUAAUGAGCAAAAUCUGCAUUGUAGGUUUGACUCAUUAUCAUUGACUUCUUUGAAUUCUUCAUUAAACCAAAUGGUUAGUUUUAGUGCCCACAUGUUCACCAAUUGGGAGUCUGUUCAUUCACCUCAGUCUUUAAUUUGAUCAGUUAAACAAACAUACCUCUCUUUAUGUAAUCAUUUGCAAUGUUGCACAAUUUGCAAUAUUGCACAAUAUUGUACUGUUAUUCUUUAUGACAUAGCUAUUUCUGACACAAUGUAGCUUAAGAGCAUGAAUAAUCCAUUGAAACAUGAAAAGUGCAAAGAAUAAAAAUGAGCAGCUUGUUAAUUCUGGGAUUGUAACUGUGGUAAAAUAAAAAAACUUGCACACACAGGGCUCCCCAGGAUCAAGUUAGAAAACCACUACUCUAGAUAAAGCCUUCAUAUUUGGCAAGAAGAGGUUAAAAUUGUGGAUACAUAUCUUCAAUCUCCACACUCACACACGGAGAAUAUUCAUGACAAGAUGUUUGCAUAACAGUUGAUAUUUGGUGCCAUUGUAACAGGAAUCAAGGGGACUAACUUCCCUCAGGUUGAUUUAGAUUGUUUCAUGAAAUCAAAAGUUAUGUCACAGUUAGCCUGCCUAGCCAUUAGCCAGGUGAUAUUUCUGGUUGUCACAUUUGGCAUAGCAUGUUGCAUAAAAAGGUUUAAUGUCACCCUUUUAGGAACAUGACAUUUGCUAAUGUAGGAUCUAUGAAGCCAUUAUGUUAUGUUUAUGAAGGCAUUAGGAUGGCAGGUAUGCCACUUUGCCAUGUUAUGCCUUGGCAGGGCAGCAUUCCCCAUACCUAUAGAGCACAUAGAGUUUGGCACUUUUCAGGGGUUCCUACAGAAAUAACUCGACCCUCAGCCCUUAAAAACAUUUCUGUACCUACUGACCUCACUCAAUAAAGCUCCAAACUUG